CGCGGGGGCUGGAGAACCUUCCGAGCAGGACAGUUUGAGCGAAACUCUGCAUACCUCUCUCUCCAAAUUUGAAGUUGCUGCGGCCUCUCGUUUUAUUAUUUACUACUCUCUCCCCAAAUUCCCAAAUUUUUUCUUUUCAUUUCGUCUUCAUUUUUGUAUUGCUGCAGAAUACACGUUCGGCAAACCUGACCACAAUGCCUAUCUCCAAGUCCACCAUAGACGAGAAGAAGGUGAUGCUUCCGCCCGGCGUUUAUACGCCUGUCAUUUCCCUUUACAAACCUACAAAAACUCAGGAGAUCGACCUGGAUUCCAUGUACAAACACUGUCAAUAUCUUGUCCGUGCCGGCCAACACGGCCUUGUCUACCAAGGCACAAACGGCGAAGCAGUUCUCCUCUCCCGUUCUGAAAAGAUAUCCAUUAUUCAAACCGCCCGUCGCGCUGUAACCGAUCUUGGUUUUCCCGGUUAUCCCUUGGUGGCAGGUAUAAGCGGACAAAGUACGAAUGAAAGCAUUGAGUUGGCGCAAGACGCCAAAGAUGCGGGCGCAUCUUUUGGUCUACUACUCCCACCUAGUUUCUGGACUAAAUCCAUUACCGAGGAGGCGCUGUUGGGAUUUUACAGAGACGUCGCCGACGCGAGCCCACUACCCAUUGUCAUCUACAACUUCCCCGCUGUAACCUCUGGCGUGGACCUGAAUUCUGAUGAUCUCGCCGCUUUGGCACAACACCCAAACAUUGUCGCUAUGAAAUUGACAUGUGGAAAUGUUGGCAAAGCGAUCCGCCUGACUUCACGCUUCUCUUCUGCUCAGUUCUCAGUGUACGGUGGCUCAUCCGACUUUCUAUUCCCUACGCUCGAGGGAGGCGGUGUGGGGUGUGUGACAGGGAUGGGGAACGUGUUUCCCAAAUCUACAGCGAGAGUUUAUGAUCUGUGGAUGGAAGGCAAGAAAGAGGAGGCUAGGGCGUUGCAGAAUGUCGUGGCCAAUGCAGAAUGGGCCUGCAAGAAGAGUUUGGCGCUGACAAAGUUUGCUGCAGGGCAUUUUCUAGGUUCUAAAUUAGGAAUCAAAAGCGAAGCGUUCUGGCCAAGACGUCCGUACUUGCCUCCAGGGGAAAAGAUGAGGGAGUGGACAGUUGAUGUCAUGGGGGUGUUGGAAGCAGAGGAAAACUCCAUUGCAGAAAGAUAAUGUGUAUAGCUUAAACAAAGAGAAAAUGAUAGAUCAUGUUAUAGGGAUAUUUCUUCUAUAUGUCCUCUAGAAAUUAUUCCAUAAUACAACAAUGUUAAAAAAGUAAAUACAAAGG